GUAUUUCCGUUUGGUUCAGUCUAGUUCAGUUUGGUUCUGUAUGGUGUAGUUUGAUGCAGUCUGGUUCUUUGUGGUUCUUUUUGGUUCAGUCUGGUUCUGUGUAGUUCUGUUAGGUCCUGUGUGGGUCUGUGGGUUUUGUUUGGUUCUGUGUAGUUCUGUUUUGUACAGUCUGCAUCUGUCUGCUUCUGUACAGUUUUAUGUGGUUCUGUUUGGUUCUGUCUGGUGUAAUUGGGUUCAGUUUGGUUCUGAUUACCUCUGUUUGAUACAGUCUGGUUCUGUCUAGUUCGGUUUGGUUCAGUUUUGCUCUGGGUGGUUCUGUUUGGCUCAGUUUGAUUGUAUCUGGUUAGUUUGGUUCUUUCUGGUUCUUUCUGGUUUUGUUCAGGUUCAGUCUAGUUGUGUUUGGUUCUGAUUGGUUCUGUGCAGUUUUUGUUGGGUUCUGUCUGGUUCUGUUUGGUUUUGUGUAGUUCUGUUUGGUACAGUCCGGUUCUUUCUGAUGCUCUCUGGUUGUUAAUCUGAGUCUUUAGUUGGAAGCUGAAGAACAAACUGGAGAGAUCUUCGGUUCUCAGAUGUAGAGUUUACUUCAGCCACAGGUGAAGUGAGGCGGCGCUGGACUCUAUCAGAAGGAGCCCCGAUAUCUGGAAACGGUACAAAGUCCACAUGUGUUGUCCAGAGGCGUGUAUCUAAAGCAGCUGAUAGAACAGAGGAGUUUCCACUGUCUCCCAGUAUGUGAACCAGACCUUAUCCGGACAUGUUAUCUUCAAGGACGUACUUUGUGUUCAGCAGAAAAGGACAAAACAGGAUCAUAGGUUCAGUGAAGAAAUCCAGAUUCAGAAUACAUGUUAGUACAGUCAGACCAUACAGUGUAUGACUCCUCUGACACGCUCCAUUACCUGCUGACUCCACCCUUCUCUCUCUCGCUGUCUCGCUGCUUCCUCAUCAUAUCGAUACAGUCUUCGAGUGAGACGACAGGCUUUGAAUCAGCACCCGAAGCAGAGCAAAAGCAAGGAACAGGAACUAAACUCCCCACGACCAGGACGACAGACACAGGCUUCAAGUGGUUCUGGAUUAAACUUCUUCAGAACCAGAGAUGCCGCCACUGAAUGGAAAAAUCGUGACUGUGGUGCUGUUCAUAGCUGUGCUGCUGGGAGUUCUGUACUGUUACAUCUCCCAGUCCUACAGAGUGGUUCUGUCCUUCGAGGAGAGGUUCAAAGCUUCAGACAAGGAAGCGAGACCACCUCAAGAAGUGGUUGUGACACUUUCUCGUCAUGAGCUUCAUCUGGUGUCUCAAGACUAUUUACGGUACAAACAGCCGAGCAUUGUGCAGGGGCGCACCGACGUGGUGACGGUGACGCCUUGGCUCGCACCUGUUGUCUGGGAGGGAACCUUCAACCCAGGUUUACUUGACACCAUCUACAGACCGAAGAACAUCACUGUCGCUGUCACUGUGUUCGCUGUCGGGAAGUACAUCAUGUUCCUGAAAAACUUCCUGGAAACGGCCGAGCAGCACUUCUUCGUUGGUUUCAGGGUGCAUUUUUACGUGUUCACUGAUCGGCCAAAUGAGGUGCCUCAAAUCAAGAUGGCCGCUGGCCGACAGGUGACGGUGAUGUCGGUGCCUAGUUCCAACCGUUGGCAGGAGAUCUCUGCUCGCAGGAUGGAGAUUAUCCAGACGCUGAUCGAGCAGAAACUUGAAAACUACUGUGACUACAUCUUCUGCCUGGAUGUCGACUCCAAGUUUCACGGUCGCUGGGGAACCGAGUCACUGGGCGGACUGGUGGCUGUGAUCCAUCCAGGUUACUAUAGAGAUGAGCGCAGCAGGUUCCCCUAUGAGCGAAGACCCGCCUCCAGAGCCUACGUGGCUCAUGGGGAGGGUGACUUCUACUACUGUGGGGGUGCGUUCGGAGGCCUCCUGCAGGAAGUUCACCUGCUCGCCAGAACCUGCCGCGAGAACUUUGAGGCUGACGCCAAAGUUGGCAUUGAGGCGGCGUGGCAAGAGGAGAGUCACCUGAACAGGUACAUGUGGAUCAACAAGCCCAGUAAGGUUUUGUCACCGGAGUACCUGUGGCAGGAUUUUAAGUCCAGGAAUUCAGAAGUCCAGAUCAUCAGGUUCUCUGGAGUAGUCAAGAACUAUGCUGACAUCCGACCUAACUGAACCAGACUUACCUGGACCAGAAUCUACUGAACCAGACUCACCUGGACCGGAAUCACCAGGACCAGAUAUACUGGCAUCAGACUGACCAAAUCUGAACUGACCUAGACCAGAUGUACCUGGACUGAUCUGGACCGGACUCACCUGGACUCACCUGGACUGGACUCACCAGGUCCAAACAAGUGAGCCUUAUACAUACUCACCAGGAGGAGCUGAAUCAACCACAGUUCUGGACACCCCUAAACCUGGUUCACACCUGACUAUAUCACCUGAGCCUUACCCACGAUCCACCUCAGGAAGCCCCUCUGGUCACUGCAUACUCAGGACCUUUAGUUAACGCUGCAUCACCUCUAUUGAGCAUGUGCAGUUCUCAAAUUCUGGAUUCACUUUAGAGGCCUUUCAAUUGACUGAUGCAACACGACCACGUGUUUUGAACUCAAACCAAAGUGUAAAAACUCAGGUGUCCUACAUUUCAUUGCUGUGCCUGAAUGCACCAUGCUGCAGGUGGAAAUGAUAAUGUUAGCAUGCUAACAACAACUAAGAGCUAAGUUUGUUCAUAUGGCUAACAUAACCAAUGCUAACCAUCACUAACUUUUGUGUGGGGAGACAAAAGCCUUAAUUCUUACAAACCAAAAAGCACUUCACAAAGAUGAAUCAGAUACUCUGACAUUAGUUUAGCUUGUUUUGCUAAGUAUAACCUGUUUGGCUAAGUUUAGCCUAAAGCCAAAUUUAGCCUGUAUGCAGCAGAGAUUUGUCUGUAGCUUUAGCUAAGUUUGAUCUGUUUAGCUAGUUUUAAAGCUAUGAUUAGCCUGUUUAGCUUAGUUUAGCCUAUUUAAGUUACUUUAGCGUGUGUUUUCUCCAAAGGUUUUUCCUCCAGUUUUACCAAAAUUAGCCUGUGUGUGUCAUAGAUUUUUCUGUAGCUUUAGCUACUUGAAGCCUAUUUAACUAACUUUUAAAGCUAAAUAUAACCAUUUUAGCUUCAAACCAACAAACACACAAUCUAGUUUGUCCUUCUAAAAGUGAACUAGCAUUAGCAUUUGUUAUAUCCCGUUGUGACACUCCUGCUGAAGAUAACCAGCUCAGGAGAAAGUAACAGUCUGGCUUUAAUGCGAUUAAACUGCCUUUAAAACAUAAUAACUUGUAAAAUAAUAAUUUAAGUAAAAUUAAAAUUAGUAAAAAGUCAUUAUUGAACUAAAACCUCUUGCACUGUGAUUUUACAGUUAAAACUGGUUCACAGUUUAAUUCGGAGUUUAAAUUUUUGGUGGAACACACUUAAAUUCAGUCAAAUUUUAGAAGCACAUGAAAUCCACUUAGAGCUGCUCUGCUUCUAGCGGAUUAUUGCGAGUCUUGCUUUUCAUUCUGCAGAUUUGAGAUGUUAUUUUUGUGGAAGAUUAAGCUAGGCUUAGCCUGUUAAGCUAAGUUCAGGCUGUGCGUGUUACAAAUUUUACUGUAGCUUAAACUAAGUUUGGCCUGUUUAUUUAAGCUUAGCAUGUUUAGCUAAUUUUAUAAAUGGUCCACACUUAUACAGUGCCUUCUAAUCUGAGUUCAUUUUACAAUUAGUGGAUAACCUGCUACCACCUGAGUCAUGACCACCCGUUUAGCACGUUAAGCUAAGUUUAGCCUGUGUGCAGAACAGGAAGCAGCUCAGACGUCUGAUUCUGUCCUCAGUGGUCACUUCCGGUGUGUGUUGGAUGGACUCAUGUGAGGUUUGGUUUGUUUCAUGUGGCUGUGCUGCUGCUGUUUGUGUUCAGGUGGGUCUCACUUGUCUGACAGUUUAAAUCUGCUCAGGUGUGACACUCCCUGCUUUGUGCUUUUAUUGUGUUUUCGUGUCAGCUGAAGAUGAACUAUUUAAUCUGCUGCUCUCAUGUAGUUGCUACUGAUUUCAUGAACUGUUACCAAAGAAUAAAAAUUUAUCCAAAUUUAUUUAUUAUAUAAAAUCUACUCUUACAGCUGAGAUAUCUGAAUGAGAGCUUUAUGUGUCUUAGAAAAAUGUUGAUGUUUAACGAGCUGAUUCUGUUGAAGUCUUCAAACUCACCGGAUGUAGACUUCUGGUAUAAACCUGUCACUGGCUGCUCUUUUCACACAGCAUUCUCCUCCUCUUCCAUUGUCUCUGCGCUACCGUUGUUCAAAUCUACUUCACAUCAGGAAACAACACAUUUAAAAUAGAAAGUUCUGUAGAGUAUUUGGAUCGUGCAGUGAUGCAGCACUGCUCCUUUUUUAAAGUGAAUUAUCCUUGUUUAUCAGCUCCCUGCUGCAAGUUUUCCACCACAAUUCCACCAUCACUUGACUGAAGAAACACUGUGGUUGCACCACUCUUAGUUCUGCCCACGAUGAAUGGGAUUGGUUUAAAGAAAUGAAUACAAACAAGCUGAUUGUUUUCCCCCCCAAAGCAUUGAUGAUGAUGAGACGAUGAUAAGGUUUAGUCAGACCAUUCUACACAGAGUGGAUAGACUGGUUUUGCACUGGUACAAUCAGACCAUUCUAAACAGAGCCAUGUCACAGCUGUAUAGAACCGUCUGACUCCUUAAGAAAAGACUUGUUCUGCAAAACCCAGUCAGAUCUACCGAGGCUCCACCUCACAGCCACCAGAACAUCUUGGUGCCUGCAGCAGGACACCUGCAGAGGCCUCGACCAAUCAGAGAGGAGGCAGUGUGAGUCUGAGGAGUUCAAGAUUUAAAAAAUGAUUGUAUGUUAAUAUUUGCUAAGUGUUUGUGUUAUUGACCCAGAUGGAGAAUGUUCUUGUGUCUUCAUGAAUUCAGAUCUAAGCUCUGUCCUGCAGGUGGCGCUGUAGUGCUGCAACUCAGAUUACAACAAACAUAAUUAGUUCUGCAGCGAACUUCCCAUCAUGCACUGUGUUUUAGACUGGAUUUACACUGGUUUUAGACCAAUUUUAGGUCUGGUUUCGAACUGGGUUUGAAUAUUAUUUUGGAUUUGUUUCAGGCUUUGUUGUUUCACAUUUGUUUCAUACUACUUAAAAAAAUGUUUUGUUUUUAAAAAAAAAUUUGGUUUAAAUGUUUUGAACUGUGUUUAAACUGUGUUGUAAACAGGUUUUGAACUUUUCUUUUCUUUUCUUUUUUAUUUUUUAACUGGGUUUAAACUUUGUCUUGGACGGCUUUCAGUCUGGUUUUGGGCUGGUUUCUCUUUGUGGAUGUCACCUUAGCAAAUCAGAUGUUUGUAACUGCAGAGCACAUGGAGGCCUGAGAAGUGAUUCUGUUUGUAGUUUCUCUGUUUAAUAAUCUGUUAUCAGUCCACAAACAACAAUCAGUGCUUCCUGUUCAGCCCAUCAGACUUCCUGUGACACUGAGAGCUGGAAGUCAUCAGUGACCAAGUUCGUCUGAAACUAAUGAAAAUGUUAAAUCAGAUGUGAGUCCUCACUGAGAGAAAAAAAACUGUCCCCAGAGGAUGGUUUGGUCUCUGCUGGUUACUGAAGAAUCAAUAUCUGAGGUGUCUGCUGGGUUUUCGCUGAUUACAUUAUAUAAACAAAUUGAAAAACUAGAUCUUCACAUAAAAGUAUGACAGAGAAGAAAUACUCUGUUACAAGUUAUGCAUUCGAAUGUAAGUAAAAGGACAAACAUAUCUGCAUUAAAAUUUACUUUAAAAGUAAAAGUAUUCAUUCUGCUG